AUGUUUGGGGCAUUUUAUAUCCCGUGCAAUAAAGCUAAACACCUAUUUUACUUUUUAUAUUGCCCGGUAUUCGACGCAUUAUUGGCGAAAGGAAGCAGCUUUAACGUAUUGGCGAUACAAAAGCUACCAAAAGAUUUAAAAGGGAACGCUAAAUCCCCGUUGUGGGCCGAAAAGAAGUUAAUCCAAUAUAUAUACGACCUUACCCCGCAGCGACCAUACGGCAACCCACCGGGAUCCCCUUAA